AUGUCGAGCAGCUACAAGCAGAAGAAGUUGAAGACGCUGGCGACGCGCAAGAAGACGCGCAAACGCCGCAUGGAGGAGGGCAUGACGUUCGAGGACGACUCGGGCCGACUGUUCCAGCCGCCGAGCACGCGCGACCCGCGCUGGAAGAAGCCGUCGAUCGAGGCGGUGGUGUCCGGCAUCUCCAAGAGCAAGCGGCAGAAGAAGGCGGAGAAGAAGCGACGAAAGCUCGCUGCCAAUCAGGAACAAAAUGCAGGCGAAAACGAUGACGACGAGAUUGAGGUCGUCCAACGGGGAGACGCCAGCAGCGAUGACGACGGACCGGAGGAGGAGCAGGACGACGAGGAAUCGGCAACUGGAGACGACAACGACGCUCUGUUCGAUCUGCCGAAGACGCCUCUGCGACUGUGCAAGUCGCUGGACGACGUGGUGGCCAAAGCAGCAGCGAAGCACGCGGAGAUCCGGCGCAAGGACGGCAGACAGAAGAUCAAGGUGCUGCUGCUCGUGGACGCGCGCUCGAUUUUCAAGCUCAUGAAGAAGAACAUGAACAUCCGCCCCGAGAUGGUGAAGCCCAAGAGCCGACUGGGCGUGGGCUCGGCCAAGAAGCCGGAGCUCGCGUACAAGAACACGGGGCUGGUGAAGACGCCGCUGGACCGCUUCAAGGACGUCAACAAGGCGGUGCUCACGGGCUACAAGAGCGGCAAGCUGUCGACCAUCCUGGCCGAGGACCUGUCGUUCUACCCGUACACCGAGUUCAAGGUGCAGCACGUGAUCUUCGUGGCCAAGCAGGCGGCGUCGGCUAUCAACCUGGACCGCAACCUGCUGCGCAACGUGAAGCUGCACUCGUUCGUCAUCGACGACGAGAGCACGUCGGGCAUCUCUGAAGACGACCUCAAGGCGCUCCACGCCGCGUUCGACGUCACGAGCGCGUAG